AGCAGCAUAUCACAAAAUAUUUACAUCCAGACUUGAAUUUUCCUCUACUUUGGGGUCGAUCAGAUUUGGGCCUUUUAUUUCAGUUGGUGCUUCAGUUGGAGCUGCAGCCCUUUGUUUUUGGCAGCCAUUGUAGCUUGCAACUGGUUGUGUCAGUGUGCCCCAUUCUUCAUUUAUGAGAGGCAGAAAAAAUCCCAAUGCUUCUGUUCCUAUAGUUUCAUUAGUAGCAAAGUAGCACUGAAGUUAACUGCUCAAAUGGGUCUGAAUAGUAUUGAAGCUUCCUUAUUGAACAUUAUUUAUUCGGGUGGUUUUCACAUCUUUUUCAUAGUUUAUGGGUAAACAGUUUGUGUUGCAUAGUUGUGUGCCCAAAAGGAGACAUCAUGUGACUCUUGAUUUGCUCCCUAGCAGUACUAGCGGCAAAGCUGUAAGUAGAGCUGUGGUUAGAUCUAUCUCGGGCUCCUUAUACAUUUCUUUUGAAUGACUUUGUGGCUAAUUCUGCUGGAGCCUCAGGGAACUUACCAAAUGCAUGUCAUAGAUAAGGAGUUGACUUUAUUCUUAGUUACCAACUAGCACUAAGAUAGUAUUUUGAUGAGAAGCAAGAUUCAGACCUGCUUGAAAUUCAUGAUGCUUGAAGGAACAAGAGGAAGGCAAGAGUGGUUGCAAGAAAUGAGACUACUUGAAGGUUACCCUGUAGAUUUCAUAGAUAGGAAGCUGUAUGAUCUUUAAUGGAUAAUCAAAAAGCUAAAUCUAUGCACUUCUUGGUUAAACGCUCUACUGAAAACCUUUGACUGGAAAUGUAGCAGUCCUGGCACUUUUCUGAGUCAAGACAGACUUUUUGUCUAACCAUAAGGCAAAACCUUAGAGGAGCAAUGGAGGUCAAGACAGUUGUUUGAAAUUUAGGGGCUUGCUUACCUAAAUUGUUCCCUUGAAACACUUGAAGAUUUGAGCCUUUGAAGUGUUCCCUUGAGUUUAUUAUUCGGAAUGCAACAGCUCUGGAGGAGGAGAUGGGAGACCAGCCUAGAACAGCCCAUGUUUUAGUUCAUAGGUUUCAAGUUUUUGUAGCACCUGGCACUAAACUAGAGAGCGGGCCUGCUACCCUGCAUUUCUGCAACGACAUUUUCGUCCUUGUAAAAGACCUCCCUCCUAGUGUCAUGGGGCAGUGGAAACUCUCAGAUCUACGUCGAUAUGGAGCUGUCCCAAAUGGAUUCAUCUUUGAAGGGGGUACCAGGUGUGGCUUCUGGGCUGGUGUUUUUUUCCUUUCUUGUGCUGAAGGAGAGCAGAUCAGCUUUCUGUUCGACUGCAUCGUACGUGGCAUCUCCCCGACGAAAGGCCCUUUUGGUUUGCGUCCAGUCCUACCAGAUCCAAGUACAAAUCCAGCCUAUUCAGAAGAGAGAUUGGCUCAUGAAGCUUUGCAAUUAGAGAAGCGCUUGAGCUUGCUGUCCCAUACAAGUCGCCAGGGCAGUGGAGGAGAUGAUAGAAGUCUUUCAAGCUCAUCUUCGGAUACCAGCCACUCGGAUGUUAGCGUUGGGAGCAGAUUGACAAUCUGGCCUGAACAGUCUUCAGCCAGCACUUCUCAAGAGAGUCACGGACUGGCAGCUGCAAAGGGCAUUCAUCUUGGGGAAGAAAAGACCCAUCCAGAAGGGGCACGUGGCAUGACUAAACCACCUCCAAAGCCUCUCCGAUCCAGACAGCUGCAGGAAAUUGGUCGUCAGAGUUCUUCGGACAGUGGAAUAGCUACUGGUAGUCACUCUUCUUACUCUGGAAGUUUUUCUUCCUAUGCUGGGAGCUUGGACAUUUGCCGUGGUGAUGAGUUUGGAUCAUUGCUGAGCCUGCCGUUGAACUUUCCUUCAGAUCAGAGUUUAUGUACUUGUCCUCAUAGUGAGUCCCACAGAGGUACGAGCUCAGAGUAUCAGGUUCCCAGCUCUCUCAGACAUAUUUAUGAUAUACCCAGGAGUUUGUUACAGGCAGCUGCUAAAGAUGUGCAGCCAAAGAGUGCCGAUUCCACAAAACCCAGGGACCAGCCCCUGUCACCUCAAGGCAUUAAUGACCCAAAAUUGCUGAUACCGCACUUGGAAGCACGGAGAGCAGCCGAGCACAGCCAGGACAGAGGGAGACCUUCAUCCUUACUCUCAGAAAGCGCCAAGGACUCAAGUGAUGAGACAUAUGUGGAUUUUGUUUCGAGGUGGUCAGAUACAAAACCACAAGGACAGGUGUCAGACUCCAAAAGUAGUGAGUUGGCACCACCUAGUGGAGUCUCAGCUGACCCCUAUGACAUAUGUAGCCCCCACCUUGGGAUGACAAGAGCUCUUUUUUCAGCUUGUCCAAUCUGUGGUGGACUAAAGGGAACAGCAAUUUUACAGUCUGGAGUCUUACCAGCUAUACCAGGUGCUUCGUCUGUCAUGGCAGCUUCUGGAUCUCUGGAAGUGCAUAAAGGGCACACUCUGCAAGCUGGUCCUAAAGGUGGUUAUGAGAUGCUGACACUUCCUGCAGAACCUGGCACUCCUACUAGCCCUGAGGAAUCUGAAGGAGCAGUAGGUUACUCAGCUGAUGUCCCUGCAUCAGAUCGACCCCACAGUGAGACAGCCACCUAUGUUAAUAUUCCUGUCAGUCCUACAUCCAAAAAACAACUUCAUUACAUGGAACUGGAACGUCAAGAACCUAGCACAAGCAUAAGAGGGAGUGGAUCAUCCAGAUAUGCACAGAUUGACAUUGCGGCCACAGAGACAGCCCACAAAGUGGGAACACAGCAUGCCCAGUGCCGGGAGGAACGCUUGCAGGAGCUAGAGCAGAAGAAGAAAGGGGCUCAGCAGUGACCUGUCUGGAAAAGAACUUUUUGCUCAAUGUAAAUUAGUACUAAUUUAACUUUCAAAAGAUUCACAUUUAUUGUUAAAAAUAUGCUCAUACAAAAACUGCCAUUGUUUAUUGUAUUUAUACCAGAUUCAUUCCAAUAUCUUGAUUCCUAAUUGGAAAGCUGGUAGCAUGAGGAGUGUGUGUGUGCGUUUUUUCUUUCUUUCUUAAAAUUGAUUGUAAAGUCUAGAUUACUUUUUCAUAUACAAUAGAUGUAAGUUACCUUUUUCUAUAAUUCUAAAAUCCUGGAAGAACCUGAAACCAACCAAAUAUAGUGAUUAUUAAACUGAGGCAUUUUCUUUAAAGAUAAAGAAUUUGGAUGUGUGCAGAUAGGAUGAUGUGAGUGUGUGUAUGUAGUAUUUGUAUGCAUGUGUCUAUGUGCAUUCAUAUGUAUGUUUUGUAUGUAAGCACACACUACUCUGAUAAAAUAUAUGUAUAUAUCUGAAUGUAUAAAAUAUUUAAAACUUUUAUUCAUAUAUUAAUGGGCUCUAAAUUACAAAGGCAAGAAAAUCCAGUGCCUGAUUUUUAUUUUUAUUUUUUUUCCAGGCACAGUUUUGUUCAAUUCUUAUGCUCAUUUAUAGAUAUGCUUAACUUUACCUAUGGGUAAUUCAGUUUUAAAACUCACCAAGAGUUCUGUACCUUUGACUAAAAUUGCUCAGAUGUAGAAGAGCGGCAGUGUCAGGGGUGCAUGUAUUUAUAUACAGACAUGCUUGUGAAAACACACACACACAGUUUAAUUAUGUGUAUAAAUCAGAUAUCUGAGGCAAAAAUUGUCAAGUCAUUUUAAGGGCUAUGUGGGGUGCUUCUCUUUUUGAAAACCGUGUUUUAGAUACCUUAGGCUUUGAUAUCAUAGUUGCUGGGUACCUAUAAUUCUUACCAGCUUUUCCUGGAGUUGAAGAGACCUCUUGUUUUCAAAAUCAGGUCUCAGGUUUCUCAUAUUGAAUAUCUUAAAAUUAAGGUGCUCGAAAAAAACAGUCACUUUUGAAACAAGCCCUUUAUUUAUAUCUCCAAAGCUAUUCCUUAUAAUGGAAACCAGCAUGAAAAUCAGAUUGCCAAACUUGCAACUGAAACUUUCAUUAAGUAAUUCUCUGCUCUCCCGAGGCAGCACAGAAUAAGUUCUGUGCGAGAGCCUGAUGUCUGCGGAGAUGCCACGGAGCUGAGGCACGAUGGGAUGUUUGGUUGUAAUAUAGCUUUAGCCUUAAGUCUUUGGCAUCUUGCUUUUGUACAGUAAGUGAGAUUGUAGGAUUCAAAACUUGACUUAGUUUCUUGUGUUCUAUUCUUGGUGUAUGUAAUUCUUGUAUUCUGUAUAUUUGUCUGAGACAAAAUGUUAUUUAAAUAAAAGUGGCCCUACACUAACAAAGCAGUAAAGAAAAAAAGAAUUUUGGCCUGCAAUAGCAUAUCAGCUUUAAGCUUCCAGGGGUUACCAGAAGUGAUAUCUUGAUUAUUAUGACUAUUUGACUAUGUACUUUUAAGAUACAGUAUUACAGCCCAAUUUUGCUUUUUCAGGUAUGCAUUACAAUUCAUACUGGUGAGUGAAAGUUUUGUGCCAGUGAGGGUUUCACUGAGUGACUUGGGAGGUGAGGAGGGUGUUUGUUUCUGAGGCGGAAUCUAGCCUAUAAAUUUAUUUGAAUGUAACCUCAAUAGUAAUGUAAAACAUUAGAAACCUCUCAAAUAAAUAAAUAUGUUUGAGAGUUGACAAUUGCCACUGUCAUUUUUCCUGCCCUAAGAUGUACGUUCCUGUUUAUCAGCCUAGAAUACUUAUGAAGGGAAGAGAAAUAUUUACCUUAUGAAUUUCCCAAUUUUAGAAGAUUUUUCUUAUUUAACAAAUGGACAGUUGUGAAUAUGUAACACAUAUUUGUAAAUAUGCGUUCACUACAAAUGCAAGAGCCUGGACUUCAAGCUCUUUGGGACCAGUUUUAACUUGGGCCCAGUGCUUACCAGGCCCAACUGAAAUGUUAUUUACCUAAGGUUCCUCCAUUGUAGGACUUGCAGAGUUAACACUCUUACUAUGUAGCUAUUUCCAUUUAAUAUUUAAAAUGUCCAUUGCUUGUGUGAUGUAUUAAAAUGGUUUCAGUGCUUUGCA